AUGGCGAACCCUCUCCAAACCCUCUCGACCACCUUCUCGGCCUCGAUUUCUCCUGACACCAACAUCAGGCGACAAGCCGAGGCUCAGCUAAAGCAAGGCGAGGCGUCUCCGGGCUUCCUGCUCUUGCUGCUGCAGCUUGUGAACUCUGGAGAGGCAGACAUCACCGUUCGACAGACAGCGGGAGUGUAUUUCAAAAAUGCUGUCAAGCGUCUUUGGGCUGGAGAAGAGGAUGUCCAGAUCGCUGCGCAGGACAAGGCGCAAAUCAAGAGCCAGCUUGUACCAGUCAUGAUUGCGCUUGGUACACCUGCGACUGCUCGGUUGCAGAGCCAGAUCAGCGAGGCGUUGAGCACGAUUGCGACUCUGGACUUCCCGGACGACUGGGAGGGGCUGAUCGAUGAACUGGUCAACAGCUUGACCCCGGAUAACUUUGUGGUCAACAACGGUGUCCUCGCCACCGCCCACUCCAUUUUCCGCAGAUGGCGAUCUCAGUUCCGUACCGACAAGCUCUAUUCCGAAAUCAACCUCGUCCUCUCGAAGUUCUGCGAACCCUACUACCAGCUGUUCAUGCACGUCGACCGCCUCCUCUCAUCCACCGAACCCCUUCCCGCCAACGCCUCACUGCCUCUCCUUGCGCAAUCGCUGCAGCUCCUUGUCCAGCUCUUCCAGGACCUCAGCAGCCAGGAUCUGCCGCCUUACUUCGAGGACAACUUGACGGUGUUUAUGGGAACGGCGGAUGGGAGCCAGGAGGGAUGGUUGAGGAAGUAUCUGAGCUGGGAGCGGGCGGAGCUGAAGGGCGAUGACGAUGACGAGGCACCUGGACCACUCCAGAAGAUCCGCGCGUCUAUAUGCGAGAUCGCCGAGUUGUACGCCCAAAAAUACCUCGACGCGUUCCCGCAGUUGGGUCAAUUCGUCCAGUCGGUAUGGAGCAUGUUGACCACUAUUGGGUCAGGGACAAGGGAGGAUAUCCUGGUAUCUCAUGCCCUCCGGUUCUUGGCGGCGGUCGUCAAGAUGGGGAGUCACAGGGACAUGUUCUCGUCGCCUGAGACACUGAAGGCGUUCUGCGAGAAGAUCAUCCUGCCAAACAUGAGCCUGAGACAACACGAGGAGGAGAUGUUCGAGGAUGACCCGAACGAGUACAUCCGGCGAGAUCUGGAGCCUGCGACAGAUAGCGAGACCAGACGACAGGCAGCGACUGACUUCACACGGGCAUUGAUGGAGAACUUUGAGUCUGAAGUGACUGGAAUCAUCCAGGGCUACAUCACCCAGUACCUCCAGGACUACGCUUCCAACCCGGCAGACAAGUGGAAGUCUAAAGAUACCGCCAUCUACCUUCUCACCUCUAUCGCUUCAAGAGGAUCAACACAACAGCUCGGUGUGACAUCGACUAAUGUCCUUGUCGAUGUCGUGCAAUUCUUCGGCCAGAACGUCUUCGCCGACUUGCAAGCUGCCGAGGGGUCUGUACACCCUAUUCUCACAGUUGACGCCAUCAAAUUCCUUUAUACAUUCAAAAAUCAACUCACAAAAGACCAACUCCUCUCGGUCCUUCCUAUCCUUGUUCAGCACCUCGGAUCCAGCAACUACGUUGUGUACUCUUACGCUGCUAUCACGAUCGAACGGAUCCUGUUUAUCAAGGUCAACAGACAAGCACAAUUUACCCAGACCGACAUUAGGCCGUUUGCACAAGACAUCCUGAUGGCCUUAUUUGCGAAUAUCGAACGAGGGGGUACGCCGGAGAAGAUUGCGGAGAAUGAUUACUUGAUGAAAUGUGUCAUGCGGGUUAUCAUUAUCGCCCGUCAGACCUUGACUCCGGUCUACGAAGGCAUCUUGACUCGUCUCGUCAACAUCCUAGGCGAGAUCAGCAAGAACCCAAGUAAUCCCAAGUUCAACCAGUUCUGCUUCGAGGCCGUAUCUGCAUUGAUACGAUUCGUCUGCGAGGGUACUCCUUCUGCUCUGCCCACUUUCGAGGCCGCCCUCUUCGGCCCUGCCCAGGUCAUUCUCGCCCAGGACGUUGCGGAAUUUAUCCCAUACAUCUUCCAGAUCCUCUCCCAGCUUCUCGAGCUCCACCCGGCUUCCGAGGGUCUUCCCGAGGCAUACCAAGCGCUCCUCACACCACUCCUCUCGGCUGCUCUCUGGGAGCAGCGCGGCAAUAUCCCCGCUCUCACCCGCAUAUGGCGUGCGCUCCUCGUGCGCGGGGGCAAACUCAUUUCCGAAGGUGGUCAAGUGCAGGGUCUGCUGGGUAUCUUCCAGCGGCUCAUAGGGAGCAAGAUCAAUGAUCUGUACGGGUUCGAGCUGGUUCAGGGGUUGUACGAGUUCUUGCCACUUGAGGUCAUGCGGCCAUACAGCCAGACCAUCUUCAUGCUCCUUCUCAACCGACUCCAGAGCAAGCCAUCGACCCAGUACACGCUGAGCUUUGUGUACUUUGUCUGCUUUGUCAGCGCGCUGGAUCACGUCGGACCGGACUUGGUCAUUGGCGUGCUGGACGCGAUCCAGCCUGGGCUCUUCGGGAACUUGCACACUGGUGUCGUACUCGCCAAUACCCAGAAGAUGCCCAUCAAAUGGCGCCGAGUGGCCGAGAUUGGCUUGACGCGGAUGCUUUCCGCCAGUGAUCUGAUGUUGACCGAGGCGAACCAGCGACUCUGGGCACCCACCCUUAUCGCCCUCAUGGACCUCUUCAACCUUCCCCAGGACCUGACCUACAACGCCGCAACCAACGGUACCUCAGGCGACCUGACCGAGCUCGACCCCGAAGAAUCAGGGUUCCAGUCCUCCUUUUCCAAGCUCGGCGCAUCAGAAUCGGUCGUCCAUGAUCCGUUCAUGAGGAUCCCGGAAGCGAAGCGGUUCGCGUCGGCCGAGAUCGCGCGGGCGAGCAGGGAGCGUGGGUCAGGCUUGAUUAAGCGGUUGUUGGAUUCGGCGAGGGGCGCGGAGGGGGGAGCGGUGGAGAGUAUCGAGCAGUACAUGCUCAGCGUUGGGGAUGUUGUCUCCGCCUAG